CCACUCUCUCGAUAAGUGAUACGCAGUAUAUAUAACUUAAGCAUAGUCCUUGCCAUGUCAAUAGCUGUCUCGUAUUAGGAUAUUGAGUGUGUGCGUUUUCUCACAAAAACGUUUGAUUAGAUGGUGCGCACAUCACUGGGGGCAUCGUCGCUCUCACUCGUGGCGUACUACUUCAAUGCGACCACCGCAAGCAUCGUCUUAGCAGGUUGUGCAUGUGCUGUAGAGUUGCUCAACUCUCUUAUACACAAAGGCGGACUGCUCGUGAAGGAUGUCGAUCCGAAAGCACUGGUUGUACACCUUCCCAGUGUAAGUACAGACAACAUAAUACAGCUAAAAGGUGUUAUCAACUUCCGAGGUCUAGCUGGAAUCCCCACACGCGAUGGAUUGAGAAUAAAGAAGCAGGUUCUGUACAGAUCAGCACACCUGGCACGCAUUAAAGAGGAGGAUAUAGACACUCUUAUUGCACUUAAUAUAGGCACGGUAGUAGAUUUGAGAUCAAAACGAGAGAAAACCAAGUUGCCAGACGAUCUCACAAAGAUUAGUGCACGCGAUUCAACGCUAACUGGGGUGGAAGAUAAGCUCACGCUCUGGGCGAGUAUGAUACAGCUUAGGGACGUGGUAAAUCUGCUACUGUUCAACAGACACAGGAUACAGCCAUCGCUGGGGGAGUACUACAUUGACAUUGUGGACAACAUGGUAGUAGAGCUGUUUGGACAGUUCUUGGUAUUGUUAUCGGAUAAGGACAACCUGGCGUGCGUGGUGCAUUGCACCGCAGGCAAAGAUCGCACCGGUAUCUUUGUUGCACUUCUACUCACCCUACUCAAUGUAGAAGAAGAGGUCAUCAUCAGCGAAUACAGUCUAACUAAUCUGGACUUCGAUAGAUCGUUCCGAGGAUUUUGUAAGGGCAGUAGCUUGAAGGGCUAUGGCAUUCCUGACGCGCAGAUGAAAGGUAGUAUGGUUGCUGAACCACAGUGGAUGCGUAAUCUGCUGCAGCAUAUGAAAGACAAGUACGGGUCAGUUGAGGGGUAUGUACUGAACGAGUGUGGUGUCGACCCGGAAGUGCUGGCUAAGGUACGGGCGAACUUACUGGAGAAGCCAGAGUGAUCGUGGACACACUGUCAUGCACUAGGAGAAGUAUAAAGUAUCAUAUACAGCUUACUGCAUGCAUGCUUGAGGUAGCAGGCGGGGAUGGCGGGAGGCUUUUUCUGAAGUAUUUAGAAGCGAUGUUGUCGCAGAGGGGAGAUCGAUCGAUCGUAUGUCAAUAUCUGCGGCAUCAGAGCAGCUAGCAUAGCAUGGCCUACUUUGUCAUGGGUGCACUGCGGCAGAUGGUGUAUGUAGAUACUCAAGGUAGUUACCGUGUCACGUGCGUAUUUUUUGGUUAGCGAGAUAGCAAGGAAUGUGCCAAUUGCGAGUUAAAAGGUAUGUAUUCGAGCUGGAUGGGCUAAUUACAUCAGCAGCCGUGGGGGAAUUGCCGAGAAAGGGACGCUAUGAUCCGUUGUCGAGGUCAAUUGACAGACAGGCUUAGAUACGAAAACGACGCACGGCAUACUGCUGUAUAUUCAGUAAGCAAGAGGCUCUGUAUAGUCAUAUCAUGGGCAUCACAACAGUAUAAACGAUACCACUAAACCUCAACUGCUCAUGAC